GCGUCAAACAUUAACAUACAUUGGAGGUCAAGCCACGGUAUAAAUACCGCUGCGCGCUGAAUGAAGUUAGUCAUCCUCCAACAAGAGAAACUUAGCGAGAUACCAAGAAACAACUUCUCACUUGAUUUUUUAAACAGCUAUUCGUUUGUGAUGAGUGGAUUAUUUAUGAAUUACUUCUGGGUGGCGGCAGCCUUCUCUGUCCUUCUGACGCCGGCACUGAGUUCGCCCUUGCUGGCACAGGAGCCAAUCCGCUGCGCCCCGUGCACGCCGGAGAGGCAGUUGGAAUGCCCGGCGGUCGCGCCGGAAUGUGAGGAGGUUCUCCGGGAGCCGGGCUGCGGGUGCUGCCUUGCUUGCGCUCUGAAGAAGGGCGACUUUUGCGGAAUCUACACGGCGCACUGUGGCUCCGGCUUGCGCUGCACGCCAAGACCCGGGGACACCCGACCCCUCCAUUCACUCACGCGGGGGCAAGCCGUCUGCGUGGAGAUCUCCGAAGCUCAGCGAAGCCAAGCAACUGCAAGUGCAGAUCAGAGUGAGUUAGAAGCAGAAACCAGAAACGGCGCCGCCACACCUGACCAAGUACCAAUCUACCUCUCCGGAAAUAACAAGCCCUUUGAUCCGAAGGCUGUUGCGGAUGCUCAGGAAAGCAUGAAAGCCAAGUUCAACGCCAUCCGAAAGAAACUCGUGGAACCGGGCCCCUGUCACAUCGAGCUGCAGCGAGCCCUGGAGAAGAUAGCCAAAUCGCAGCAGAAGCCGGGCGACAAGCUGACCAAAUUCUACCUGCCCAACUGCGACAAGCACGGCUUCUACAAGGCCAAGCAGUGCGAGUCUUCACUGGAUGGCCAGAGGGGCCGGUGUUGGUGCGUGUCUUCCUGGAAUGGGAAGAGGAUCCUCGGGUCCAGCGAUCUCACGGGGGAUUCGGAGUGCCAACAAGAACUCACACACUGACAUCACUCAUCCAUCCUACAACACACACACACACACACACACACACGCUCACCUGCAGGCACCGACACGCACAGGCACACUCUCCUUCGCGUGCACCGAUGGAUCUUCUUUUGAUACCUUUCUUAUUUAUUUAAUGUUCAUCUUUGAUUCAGGUACACUGUCUUUUGAUUGUUAACACUGUGGUUCCCAGAAAUUAAAUAAGAAAACUAUUUUUCUGAAAGGAAACAAAAUAAUCAAAAUGUAUUUACAUGAACUAUAUGGCCAUAUUUAUUUUAAACGUAAUGUAAACAUUCUAGUAUUUAAUAUUUGUAAUUAUUUUAAGGAUAUUUAUAUAUACAUGUUUGCUUUAUUACUUUUUUGUAUGGAUGUAUAUAGGAGAAGUGUUUAUUUCUGGGUUCUGACUACGUAACUCCGUGAGUGGGCAUACCUCAUGCUGUCCUAUCUCAAGGUCUUUUCAGUUUUAUUCUUGAAUGAAUGAUUACAGAGCCAAGCAACUGCAAGGCAACAAACUCGGGUUUCGAUGGAGUGGAGUGUCUUUGUUAUGCUGUACUGAUGUGCUGAAAGAACUGAGAAUUUCUCAGUACUGUAUGAAUACACCAUUGAAAAAAAAAAUAUAUAUAUACACAUAUAUAAUUUUUAAUUAUAAUAAUUUUUUUUUUUUUUUGCGAACGAACUUGCCAUCGUCCGAUCGAACCUGUGGCGCAGACUAGCUGAUCCUAGGCCUGGACGUUAACUCUCGAGCGGGUAUUGACUUUUACCUACCUCUGUUUUACGUUGUAUUUUAUACUUUUUUUUUUUCUUCCUUGCAGGCCAUUUUAAAAACUCUUUUUUUUCCCCCCUAGCUGUAUGAAGAAAAAGCACUCGAUCGGUUUGCUAGCGUUAGCAUGUCACUUUGACGUUCAGAAGUAGCUUGAUUCUGGUUGCUAUUGAAACGUCUGUGCAAAGUGAGCGCGCGCGCCCCCCCCACCUGACCCCACCCCCGCACUGUAUUACACAGAUUUCUCCUUGUUACUGAAUGCUUCACAGAGUGCUGCUAUUUUGUUGUUGUUGUUGUUGUUGUUGUAUUCCAAAAGCAACUAUCCAAUCACCUGUAUGUAUACUUUUGUAAUUACAACAUUCUGUAAAUAUAUAUAUACUGUAGAUAUAUAUAUAUGCAUAUAUAUAUAUAUUUAAUAAAUCUGUAAACCUCA